CUCAAAGGGAAGCCGGACAGCAGCUUUUGUCUUACAUAUGGCGAAGUUCGUCUUCCUUCACCUUCUUGCUGUCGACACGUUUCAAACAUACUUUUUAGUCGUGGCAGCACCUCAAUCCUCUCCAGACUCCCAGAGUCAAGGGUUUCGUUCUUCUCCGAGUUUCUAGUCUGCCACCGUGAGAACCUUUCACCGCCCAGAAGGUCCAGCCAGAGAGGUAAAGGUGGAGUCGGGCGGGGUGGAUUCAUGGGUCCUAGGCGUUCCGGCAGGUUGGUGGGGUCGGUGGUGAAAGAAACCAAGGUCGUGGAAGAGACCGUCAAAGUUGUCGCCGACGUCGACGACCUUUCUUCGCUCGAGCCGUCGGCCAUCUCUGCGGGGAUCAUCAGAGAGAUCCCCGUGGUCGAAAUCAAGGAAAGCAAAACACCCCAAAAGAAAGUGGAACCAGAAGCAGCACCGUUUCCCCUUGAAAAGAAACAAAAAGGAAUAGAAGCGAAAGAGGUCGAAGAGAAGGAACAAAAGGGCCAUGUUGAUCAGAAGAAAGAAAGGAAGCCGCAGGAGCUGAACAGGAGGAGAAAAAGGUUGCGGAGGAAUGAAGAGGGAGGGGUUGGUGCUUACAGGAGCUAUGUUUACAAGGUGUUGAAGCAGGUUCACCCUGAGCUGGGGAUAUCGUCCAAGGCCAUGGACGUGUUGAAUGGCUUCAUGGGGGAUAUGUUCGAGAGGUUGGCGGAGGAGGCGGCGACUCUGCAGAAGCAUACGGGCAGGAGAACUCUGUCCUCGAGAGAGAUACAGAUGGCAGUCAGGCUGGUGCUGCCGGGGGAGCUCGGGAAGCAUGCAAUAUCUGAAGGGAGCAAGGCCAUUACCAACUAUUACAGGUAUCCGGAGAAGAAACGUCGUUGAUGUAGACUCGUUGGUUCAUGGCGGAAUCUGCAUUCUGUUUUCCUGUCGUCUGCUCUCUCCUUUUUCAGAUCCUUUCUUGAUGAUAUACAUAAACCAUACGAUGGAAUAGAUGUACCUAAUGACAAAUUACUCAUGUAGAUUGAAGCUUCUUUUUUGCUCUAUUUGGCAUAACGAUUAAUCACUGUGCUGAGUAUUUUUACUGUAUUUAGAUUGAUUUUGUUUCUUA